AUGGAGAACCCUGAUGAAAGCAGUGGCAUUCAAAAUGAGGAUAAACAAGAAGAAACUGAUGGUCACAUUAGAUUCACUGAUGUCGGGCCGCACUCGGUGCACUUAGAUUGGGGAGAUCCAGAUGUGACUGCAAAUGCACAACAAAAAUUCCAAAUCGAAUGGAAGAAUGAAGAAACAGACUUUACUAAAACAACAGAUACAAAUCAUUUUGAGAUAAAACAACUUUCACCUGGCACAAGAUACAACAUCACAGUAGUGGCAAUUGGGAACAACUGCAAGAAGAGUUUCUCUGCAUCUGUGUGUACAGCAAUACCGGCACCUGAGAAUUUUGAAUAUAUCUCAGAGGAUGCAACAACUGUAAGACUAAACUGGACGUCACCUCAGAAAAUAGAUCCCAGUCUCUACAAAUUCCAAGUGAUUAUGUAUAAAAAUGAAGAGAAAACAGAAUCAAUGACUGUCAAAUCAAAUGUAAAUACUAUUGUAAUGAUAGAUCUUCUUCCUGCCACCGAGUACAAAGCUACAAUAAUCACAAAACUGAAUAAUGACAAACUAAGUGAACCAGCGGUUUUAAUCAUCUAUACAAAGCCACUUCCACCUGAAAACCUGCAGAUCAAAAAUGAGGCAAGUUCUGCUUAUCUGAAAUGGACAGAUCCUUUUAUGGAUGACGAGAUUCCUCACGUAUUCAGGGUGAUCUGGAGCAGCGAAGCCAAUGCAACGGAAUCCCUUACAGAUGAGGCAGAGAUUAAUGUAUCAAGUUUAAAACCAGGAAGUGAAUAUACCUUCUCUGUCUGCACUUUAGUUGAGUUAAAUGGUACAACACUUGAGAGCUCUCCUGUAAAAAUCACACAAAAAACUAACAUAACUAUGGAAUCCUUGUUAAGGGAUCUGGGACUACACCUGAAGAAUAAACUGACUUUAAAGUCUGUGUUGGAAUUACGGAAACCGUCAGAUGUGGUCGAAACUGCACAUAGUCUUAGAUCUUUGCCGUGGCUUUUCCUCAGAAAGCUCAUGAUGGUCAAUUCAUCAGCCAGAAUUAUAAAGUGUGCUUCAAACUGUAACCCUGAAACGUGUGAAGAAAGCAGCAACAUCGCUGAGACAUCUACUGGUUUCCAUGAAGAUCAGAAAGGAAUCCAUCCACUAGAUUUGAUCACAGCUCUGUUCCACUGUGCCGAUCCUUUCCUCCAGCAAGAAAUGGCUCUAAAAAUGUCAGUGUGUCAGUUCUCUGUGCCUUUGCUGCUGCCAAACUGUGACACAGAUGAGUGCACUCUGAUGCUUUGGGCCUUGAGGGACAUAAUGAAACAGUUUAGAUCGCAUUCACUGGAAGAAGACGGUACUUUAGAGGAAAACAGUAUUGUGCUAACUGAUUUGCCCCUGAUCUCUUUCGUCAGGCUUGGAAAAAGCAGUAUGUCCAAAUCGGAGUUCUUGAACAAACUCCUCAGCAACAGUCAGCAUCAUCAUGACACUUUUUUCCACAGGCAACUGGAAAAUGGGAACAUUCCGAGAAAGAUCUCUAAUGGGCUUGUUGAAAUGAGCUGGUAUCUCCCUGGGGGAGAGGAAUUGAAUGACAAAUUCAAAGAGCCAGUAGCUGUGGCUAAUCUCCGUGGGGAUAUUUCUGCCUUUAAGUCCCAAUUCACCUUCUUGAACCAAAUAUCCUCUGCAAUUUUUCUGUUCUGUGAUGAUUUGGACUCAAAUCAGACAUUUCUGGAAUCUCUGCAAAUUAGAUCAAAAUUGGUUCUGGUUUGCACCACAGACGGUGCAAAUUUGGGAGACAAUCUGACACAAAAGAUCAAGCCAUACUCAGAAAUCCUUAGGGAUAAAAACAUGAAUGAUUUUAAAUUCGUUGAAACACUGCAAGAAGCUGUUGUUGAUAUACUUGCGGAUUCUACUAAAAUGAGUAUUGAGAAGAUGUCAAAGAUCGCACCAGAGCUGGGGAUUCUUGUCGAUGAAAACAAUACCGUUUGUCAAAAUGCAAAAAAAAGAGCAGCCCUGAUCACACAAGACAUUGCAAAUAUACCAGAAUACAAAAUGAAGGAACUGUCAUUGCAAGACAAAAUAUGGAAAGAGAUCUCCAAACUGGAGAAAGAGAUGUGUCGACUCAAAGCAAAGAAACAAAACAUUGAGCACUACAAGAGUGAACUUAAAAGUCAAAUCCAGAAAUUACAAAAGCAACAAGGAAGCAGUAACAUGAGAGAAACGAUCUAUCAAUUCAUCUCUGGCCUGAGCUGCUCCCCAGAUGAGCAGUUAUACUUUCUCAAAUGGAUGAAAAUAAAUUUAGAUGAUCUAACAAGAAAGCACCUGUCAAAGCUGGAUGAGCAGUAUAGGGAUGCAUGUAAGAAUUCCUCAGAAGAUAAAGAUCAUCUCAGAGAUCUGGAAAAUAAGAUUGCCAGCAGCUCUUUAGGAGUCCAACACUUCAUGAGAGAGAUAAGUCAACUUUAUGAAUCAGCACACUCCCAAAAAAACAAGAAGUACACUGCCGUGAAGCAAUUGCCAGAGAUAUGUGCUCAAUUAAUGCUAAAUGGGUUUCCUCUAGAACUUAUUGAUGGAGAGGCAUCAAACAUUCCCAUGACGUGGAUUAGAGAUGUGCUUGCGGCACUUAACAAACUGACAUCUCCUCACAACAUAAUACGAGUUGUGACAGUUUUAGGAGUUCAAAGCACUGGGAAGUCGACUCUCCUCAACACAAUGUUUGGAGUUCAGUUUGCUGUAAGCAGUGGCAGAUGCACAAGAGGCGCCUUCAUGCUUCUAAUAAGCGUGUCUGAGGAAUUCAGAUCAGAGCUUCAAUGUGACUAUAUCCUUGUAAUCGACACAGAGGGCUUAAAAUCUCCAGAGAUGGCGAAACUAGCUGAUAGUUAUGAGCAUGAUAAUGAACUUGCGACUGUUGUUGUUGGGCUUAGCGACCUCACUAUUGUCAACAUUGCCAUGGAGAAUGCUACAGAAAUGAAAGACACAUUGCAAAUUGUUGUGCAUGCCUUUCUCCGCAUGAAAGAGGUGGGGAAAAGGCCCUGUUGUCAUUUUGUGCAUCAGAACACUGCAAAUGUUGCUGUGCAUAGAAAUGUCAUGAAAGAGAGAAAGAUUCUCUUGCAGCAGCUAGAUGAAAUGACGCAAGCAGCUGCUAGAAUGGAGAAAAUGGGUGACAACAAGAAAUUUACAGACAUUCUAGAGUACAACAUUGAUAAAAACAACUGGUACAUACCUGGAUUGUGGCUUGGAGUUCCUCCAAUGGCACCUGUUAGUACUAGUUACAGUGAGGAGGCGAGUAAGCUGAAAGAUGGCAUACUUAACAUUUUUAAAGCAACAAAAGGCCAAGCACAGAAUUUCUUGGAAUUUGAAGAAUGGGUACGAAGUCUCUGGAAGGCUGUCCAAUUUGAGAACUUUAUUUUCAGUUUUCGCAACACCCUCGUUGCUGAAGCAUACUCCAAACUUUGUGUGGAGUACAACAAAUGGGAAUGGGCUUUCAAGAAGUACAUGAUUGGCUGGUACACAAAAUCAGAAACUAAAAUCAUUAACACAGGUGUAAUGUCAAGAAAUGCACUUAAUGUUGACAGAGUAGCGGCUGAUUUAAAACAUGAAGCUGCUAUUGAGCUUGACAAAGUGGAGAAAAGCCUUUUAGGUAAAAUUGAGCAAUAUUUCGAAAGCGAGGCGGAACAUGUGCACUUUGUCGAAAAUUACAAGGAGGACUUUUUAAAUAGUGCAAGAAGCCUUCGAAGGGAGACUGAGACAGAUCUAAGAAACAAACUGGAGAAUGCUGUAUUGAUACAGAAGGGAAUUGAAAAGGUGGAGUGUAUAAGACAAAAUCAAAGGGAUACCAUGAAAGAAAAAGUGCUCAACUUGAUCGCUGCCUGCAGGAAUACAAAAAACCUCUCUGAUAGACAACUAAAUGAGGAAUUUCAAAAAAUGUGGGAUGAAAUUUUGAAGCAGUUUUCCCUCACAGCACUACCAAUUUAUGAAGUGGGGAAGGAAGCAUACAGAAACUUAUAUAGCAACUUGGAAACAAAAGGUGGAGCUGUACGUGAGAUGCUUUUAAGCGUCACUAGUCUAGAUCAGUGUGGCACUGGACCUUUCUAUGCAACGACUGUGAAAAUGAACAUAUUUAAAAAACUCAAGAAUUCCCUUCGGCCUGGGCAGAGGAAUAGAAAACACAAAUUCAUACAACUGUCUUGUGAUAAAAUAAUACACGAGAGCAAUGUAUUCAUUUCGUCUAGAGCAAGAACAAAAUCAGACUAUAAUGCUGACGUACAAGAACUCUUGUGCUUCAUUGAUAAGAAAUUGGAAGAUUGCAAAGAUACAGAGAUAAGCCCUGAAAUUGAAGCAUCUCUCAAGAUCCACAUUUGUGGGAACGCAACAAGAGCUUUCCAGAAAACGCAUGACGACUACAUACAGAGUAAUGAUCCAAUGAAAUCCCUCGAGAAGUUCAAGGAGCAAUGGUUAGCAGACUUUAAAGACCUCUACUACCAGCGAGACCAAUGUCAGAAGAAGGCAGAGAUGUGUGCCAUGAAAUGUGUCGCUCCUGCCGUGAUGGAAUACAUCCAGAAACGCCUUGGACCUGACAUUGUGGAUGAAAUGCUGACAGGUGAAAGAGGCUUUGCUUUUAGCACACGAACAUUUUUCCAGUGUUCACUUUUAAAAGAGCUGCUUCAGGAUGACGACUUCGACAAGAUUUCUGCGUAUGUGCAAAAUUACGAGAAGUUUGUAACUGAGUGGAUUUCAGAGAAGAUCAUUGAACAUUUUUCAAAGGAAGACGCCUUUCUCAAGUUAGAGAUGAAACAUUUGAACACAAUUGUCAGCAAGCUCAAAACAGCUAUUGAAAGUGCAAAAAGCAUGACAAAAAACAGCUGCAGUUUCAUGACCAAUGUCUUCACAUGUCUUGAUAAAGAGCUGGUCAUACCAAUUGACACCCUUAGUGGAACUCUGGCUUUAAACAACUCGGACCCUGCUGAGUUUGCAGAUUGCCUCAAAUCAUCGAUAGAAAAAAUGCAUAAGACCUUAGCAGAUCAGCUACGUGGUGUAAGGGAUGUGGAGACCAAGUUAACUAGACUCUCAGUGAACAAACCUCAAGAGGAGCUCUUCAGCAGAGUGUUUGGCUGUGGGGAAAUGUGUCCAUUCUGCAGUGCGCCUUGUGAAGCUGGUGGAAAAGAUCAUACUGAACAUUUUGCCUCAGUUCAUCGGCCAGAAGGUAUUGGUUACUACCACUGGAUUGACACAAAGAAAUUAGUCCCUGACAUAUGCUCGUCUCUUGUCGCUAGCGAAAAACAAUUUCGAUGUAAAGACACAGAACAUGAGUGGCAUCCACACAAGGAAUACAGAGAGAUCUAUCCUGACUGGAGGAUACAGCCUGACACUAGUAUUGAGGCCACUGACUUCUGGAAGUACAUCUUUACUAAGUACAACACGAAAUUUGCUAAGACAUACAAUUUAAAACCAGCUGACAUACCUGCUGAUUGGCAUUGCACCUCUGUACAUCAGGCAAAUGAAUGCUUGGAUGACACAUUCUUGUUGAAUUCACACAAAAAUAAAGAUGAUGAUCCUAUCAGUAAAUAAUGCAAGUAGAGCUGAAAUGGACUGAAAUCAUGUCCUACGUUCACAGGCUCAAUGACCAGCGUUGCACUUCCCAAAAGCAUCAAAAGCCCAAGUAGAUUGUAGAACUGUAGCCACCGAUGGGGUUAUGGGAAUUCAUAAUAUUGCACAGCAGUUUUAUUUUUGCUAAAUGACAUUCAGUUAAGAAAAAAAAAGAUCAUUUUUGAGUGCAUUAUCAUCUAAUAAAGUAUGUAACCCCAAUAUUGAUUAACAAUGAAAAACAUUUUUAUUUUCAUUUAUAUUACUAUUAAACAUUGCUCGGAUAAAACAAGAUGAAUGACCUUUUGGUCACCCUUUAUGUCUUUCUCACCGUACUAUAAACACACUGACUGUGGCAAAUAUUUUACGCUAUGAACAGUGUCAACAGUUUGAAAUGUUUUAUAAUUUUACAUGUGUGUACUUCUUGUAAAAAAAGACAGAAUAGCAAUAAAAAACAUGUAUUGCCAUUUACUAAAUAUAAUUAUAGAAGAUACUUGGAAAGAAAAACAAUAAAGCUCUUGAUCUUCAUUAAUUGGUCUCUGAAGUUUGACAUUUAACAGUCUGUGUGGUGUAAGAGUCAAUAUGAAG